AUGAGCAGCAUCAACGUUAAAAAAAUCAACAUAUCGUACAAUAAUAAUCUUUACUAAAUAGCCUAGAUUCCUAAAUCACUUGGAUGUUUGUUUGAGCUAAUCCAUAAAUAAAUAUUAAAAACAAAUGAACUCCAUUAGAUUUAGAUUAAGUAAGAAAAUAAUAAAGUAAUAGAGAAUGAAUAUUAGUACAUUAGUUUGAUUUAUGAUUCUAUUGAUCAGCUUAAUCUUAUUAUUAAUGCAUUUCCUAUUACCUUAAAGCCAAUUUAAAAAUCAUAAGAUACCUUCAAAAUAAAAUCUUAAAACUAAUAAUCUUUGAACAAAAACUAAUAAUAAAUAAUCAACAGCCCUUCAUUCUUAAAAAAUAUAUUUUACAAAUUUAUCUGA